CUACAUCCUGUUGCCCCCAUAGUUUCAAUUUUAAUUUUAUUCUUAAUUUUAUGAUCAAGCAUAAAUGAAUAAAAAGAAAUUAUUUACUGGAUUAUUGGAAUGCUGGAGAAUAGCAACAUGACACAAUUAAGCAGGCAGUUGGUACAAAAUGAAAACAAGAGUUUGCAAGAAACUAGGCAGAGAGUGACAUGAGUGGAAAUUACAUGGAGUGCCCUCCAUGAAUCAUAUAUUCCCUCCACUCAAAUCCAUUACGUUCGCUGAGAGGAGAACAAGUAUAUACAUUCUAGCUAAGAAUGCGUGUGACGUGUACGAGUGCCACUGCCGCAUGUAAGGAAAGGCCCCGCUCUCUUUGGGGAAGUUUUUUUGCUUGACCACCGGGUUUCCGUUGGAAAAUCUCCUGGAGAGAAAAGAGAAACCAUCACCACAUCCAUCUGAGGGGGGAAAAAAACAAAAAAGAAAUUUUCUCUACAAAAAACUCUUCUUCUCCUCUUUUCUCUUUUUUUCUUCCUGUCCAAACCAGGUGCAGAGUGUAUUUGCUUGCUGAUAGUCCAGUGAGAUGUGAUUUUUUUGUGAUUUAUGGAUCAACUGACGACUAUGAACAAGAACGCAAACAUAGAAGCGUCUCAGGGAGAUGGCGUUGCUGCUCAAUCUCCUGCUGCACCUCCGCCGCAGGGACAGUCUGAAAAUAUUGGUUCCCGGGCUGGGAAUACGGUUUACAAGAGUGGGCCGCUUUUUAUAUCAUCUAAAGGAAUUGGUUGGACAUCCUGGAAGAAGCGAUGGUUUAUUCUUACACGAACUUCACUGGUUUUCUUCAGAAGUGAUCCAAAUGCUGUUACUCAAAAAGGGAGUGAAGCGAACUUGACUCUUGGUGGUAUUGAUCUCAACAGUUCAGGCAGUGUGGUUGUGAAAUCAGAAAAAAAACUCUUGACUGUUCUCUUUCCUGAUGGACGUGAUGGGCGAGCUUUCACUCUUAAGGCUGAAACUUUGGAAGAUUUAUAUGAAUGGAAGGCUGCACUUGAGAAUGCUCUGGCACGAGCACCAAGUGCUCCUGUAAUGGCACCAAAUGGUAUUGUAAAGAAUGAUCAGAAUGAUGGAACUGAUGCUUCUUCGGACCACUGUGCAGUAACAUUGAAGGAUAAAGUGUCCAUGAAAGCUUUGGUCAUUGGCAGACCAGUUUUACUUGCUUUAGAAGAUGUUGAUGGAUCUCCAUCUUUCCUAGAAAAGGCUCUUAAAUAUAUAGAAGAGCACGGAGUCAGGGUGGAAGGAAUUCUACGACAAGCUGCAGCUGUUGAUGAUGUUGAGCAUCGAAUUCGGGAAUAUGAACAAGGAAAAUCGGAGUUCUCUCCAGGGGAAGAUGCACAUGUGAUUGCUGAUUGUAUCAAGUUUUUCCUCCGUGAGUUGCCGUCCUCCCCAGUCCCUGCAUCUUGCUGCAAGGCACUGCUAGAAGCAUUUCGAAAAGAUCGUGGCAAUUCAGUUAAUGCCAUUCGAGUGGCAAUAUUGGAAACCUUCCCUGAGCCAAAUCGUCGCUUAUUGCAAAGAAUUUUAUUGAUGAUGCAAAAAGUUGCUUCCCACAAAGCUGAGAAUCGAAUGAGCACUUCAGCUGUUGCUGCUUGUAUGGCACCUUUACUUCUUCGUCCCCUUCUAGCUGGUGAAUGUGAAAUUGAAAAUGAUUUUGAUGUGGGAGGUGAUGGUUCUAUGCAACUUCUGCAAGCAGCUGCUGCAGCUAAUCAUGCUCAAGCCAUUGUUAUAACAUUGAUGGAGGAGUAUGAUAAGAUAUUCAGUCUUCUUCAGGAAGGUGUCAUGUCUCCUGGAUUAUAUUCCGACUCAGAGGAGCGUGAAAGCGAGGAUGAGGAGGUAACAGAUGAUGGUGAAUACUAUGAAGAUGAUGAUCAGAAUGAUGCAUCUCAAGAGUCUGAUGCAUACUCAGAUGAUGAUCUUGGAAAUGCAUCAACUGGAACAGAGAGUGGUGAUUCUGGGGACAAAGAUAUGUCUGACAAUAAGAUGCAGGGUGAUGAUCAUAGAUCUACUGCCAAGUCCACUCAAGUAGAGAAUGAUUGUAGAGUUGAAGAAUCAUCAAAUUCAGUUCAAAUUUUACUACCUACAGAUCGUGAUGUAGAAAGGAGUGAGAAUAUUCUGGGCCAAAGUAACAAUAAUUUGGCAACACAAAUCAUUCAGUCAGAUGAAAAGCCAGGAGAUGAUCCGAGGGAAACAAUUUUGGAGAACACGCAAACUGAUGAUCCAUCUGCAUGCAUUCAAAAAUCUGCAAGCAUGUCCAAUGGACAGCAGCAUAAGCCUGCAAACGUUUUGGACCGAGUCUAUGCAAAGACAGACAUUUCUAUGGCUCCCAUUGAUUGCACUUCGGAUGAUGAAGCUGAAAUCCAGAAGCUGGAGUCUGCUAAAAUUGACUUGCAACGUAGAAUUUAUGAAGAGGUUAAAGGAAAUGCAGUUCUGCAAGCCAACUUGGAAAAACGAAAGAAGGCCUUGCAUGAACGCCGUGUAGCCCUUGUGCAAGAAGUGGCAAGACUUCAGGAAGAGCUGCAAAAGGAGAGAGAAAAGACGAUGUUUCUGGAGGCAGGACUUGAUGAAUCUCAGGCACACCAAUCUGUUUCAGCUUUUUUUGAUGAAGAAAUGAAGGCUGAGCUUGAGGAAUUAAGUCAACCAGAGGCAGAUGUCUCCAAUUUGAAGCAGAAGGUUGAUGAUCUCAGCGUGCAGCAAUGCGAGCAAGAUUCAAGCAAUCAAGCAAAGCGGAAAGAUAAACAGAGAGAUAUUGAUGCUAAUGCGAUUUCAUAUUUUGGAAGGUCUGCAUACAAGGAUAAUUAUGCAGACGAAUCAACUAAUUUGCCGAACAAGACUCCACCUCAAAACCAGCAGCCAGACCCUGCACGGAGCAGCAACUCCAAGUCUUCAACCACUUCCAAAAAGUCUAGCUUAAGGAGCGAGGGGCUGAAUUCCACAACUUCUGCACUGACAAAAUUGACAACCCGACUCAAUUUUUUGAAGGAGCGGCGUGGCCAGCUUGCCAGUGAACUCCAAAAUAUAGCUUCAGGUCGAUCUUCAGGUCAAGCAGCUGCAACUAAUAAAGUUAGAGGAUCAGAUGUUCGUCAAUCGCCCCAACUCCCCGACAAGAGCCAAGGUUCAGAAGUUCAUUCCGUUCAAAAUCCAGAAAAAGGCAGAGGAUCAGAGAGCUCGGGGAUAGAAGGUCAAUAACAUAAAUUUUUUUUAAAAUCUAGAAAAUCAGAUAAUCUCCGAGAUGGAGGAAAAUCUUUGGAAAUCCAACAUCCCUUAGACCAGACAAAGGAAAAUAUGAAUGCCAUGGUACCCAUAAUUUAGGCAAAAGUGGAACAGGAGGCCAAGCUCAUGCGACUCCGAGAACCAACUCCAGAUGAUACUCAAAUUAGUGAUCAUUUUUUUGCACACACUAGCAUUUUUAUAUCGGCAAUUUGUGUGAGAUGGAUCGUGGCACUUGGUAAAUGGAGAGAGCAAUACAUCAAGGUACUUGGUGUCCAAACUGAAAGGUGUUAUUAGUGCUGAUACCCCAUAACCCUAGGUUGUACAUAGCAACCAGAUGUAAGUUGAGUCCUAAGCUGAAUUGCUUGUAAGUUGACGAAGCAGGAUUUUGUUUACGUCCUUUUGUAUGGGUAAACGCCGAUUUUAAUGUGAGUGUGCUCUUACAUGACCUAUAAUCAAGCCUCCGCCUAUUGUCUUGAUGAUCUAAUUUUACAUGCAUCGCUGUCCCACAAAUUAUUUUGAU